UUUUAAAAUUUAUUUUAGUAUAAUGAAUAUAGUAUAAAGAACCUUUCAAAAAUUAUGAAAAUGUUAUUGCGGUCAAAACGCCUAGUAAAUUGGUAUAAAUCAAUUUGGUUUGAUAGUUGGGUGAAUUGGUUUAAAACCCUAAAAAAAUGAAAAUACCUAUGAUGUGACUAGUUUGUGUCUAUGGAAAAAAGUAUAACAUUGUGGGAUUUAAGGUAUUUGGUUAAUUAGGGUAAAAGUCUAGUGAAUGGGGUGCAAUUUCCCAUGAUAGUUUUCAUAUAACUAGCCAAACUAGGCCUAGAAAACAUAUUUGUUAAAACAAUUGAAUAAAUCUUAAGGCCCAACCCAUAUCUUGUUUCCUUUUGAAACUGGACAAGGAGAAUAAUUCGUUUACUGAGAGACCCAAAUUUAAUAGUUUGGUGAGAAAAAAACUUUGUUCGACUCCGACCAACACCGUGCCUUGGCAGUUUUUAGCAACUCCCUGCAUUUUCCUUUAGGUCUCCUUUUGUUAAAUACCUUUUUUUUACAAAUAAAAUAUUGCUCAACUUUAUCAAAUGGACAAUUUUGACGUAACAAGAUUCUAUAUGCUUGUUUUUCUUUUCUUUAUUUCAUUUGUUUUGGACGAAUAUGAAAUUCAAUGGAGGAGGUUUGUUCUUCGUGCGUUAUUGAUGCACUAUGUUGGAGUAUUUUGCCAAUUAGUAGUUUUUUUUCCACAUUGCUUCUUUUUUUUUUUACGUAGGCAGAAUUAUUUUGAAGGAUUGGUUCGGUCCUUAAAAGAUAGGACUGGGGAUUAAUGUCGUUUUAAGAAUUUGAAUAUGUCGCUAAUUAGCGAGGUACGUCGUCAACAACACAAUCAUGUUUAGGCACUAUGAAACAAUGAUAUAAUAUAUGAAAUGCUAAUCUAUGGGGCUGCCCGUUAACCAACGUGAGCCAUUAGAUGAACACAUAAACUGAAAGUUUUAAUCUCCAACCUUCUCGCUUAGAUUUUUGACUUUUUAUUUAUUUCAGUUGCAUCACCAACAACGAAAUGACUAGUGUCUAGUGUCCUAUUCGUAAAUUUCGGAUCUAUAACAGCAUUAGAAGCUGUUUUUUUUGGGUUCUGUAUAAUGUACGUAACGUGUAUCGUAAUUUUCCUCUUUUCUUAAAAUUAGGGUUUCUCAUUGAUACUAAUUAGAGAGGUCAUCAUCAGCUUGUACUGUGAACCUGGGAUAUACUCUAGGUUUCUUUGCAUUUAUUUUCUUAGUUUGGUAAAAAUUAUAGCUAACAUACGUUUUGUACAAUAAUCUGGCGUUUCCACAUCUUUUUCUUUUCAUUUUUCAAAAUUACAAUUUAGUAUAUAUUUUCUUCACUGAAGAAAUUUGGAGGAAAGGGGUAUUCAUUUUUCCAGGUCUUCAGCGGUGCUACAAAACACAUAGCAUUAAUGUCCGGUAGUGCUCACCCUAUGGACGGCGAAGGAGAGCUUUCGGCGGCUGAUAUGUCUUCCCCCCGGCAGAGAAACACACCGUUUGUCCAUAAAGUCGAAGUUCCUCCGAAGCAAAACCUGUUCAAUGAGUUCAUGUACACUUUCAAAGAAACUUUCUUCCACGAUGAUCCUCUUAGGCAUUUCAAGGACCAGUCACUGUCCAAGAAGCUAAUGCUCGGGCUCCAGUCCGUAUUCCCGGUUUUCGGAUGGGGACGAAACUACAAUCUCAAGAUGUUUCGUGGAGAUCUUAUUGCCGGUUUAACCAUAGCCAGUCUGUGCAUUCCUCAGGAUAUUGGAUAUGCAAAGCUCGCAGGUCUCGACCCUAAGUAUGGUUUAUAUUCAAGCUUUGUUCCUCCGUUAGUGUACGCGUUUAUGGGAAGCUCAAGAGAUAUAGCGAUCGGACCCGUCGCAGUGGUCUCACUCCUUUUAGGCACUCUGCUUCGUGCUGAGAUCGACCCGACCACAAGUCCUAACGAAUAUCUCCGGCUAGCCUUCACUGCCACGUUCUUCGCAGGUGUCACUCAAGUUACACUCGGAUUCUUUAGAUUAGGUUUCUUGAUUGAUUUCUUAUCCCAUGCCGCGGUGGUUGGGUUCAUGGGCGGAGCAGCCAUAACCAUAGCUCUUCAACAACUCAAAGGGUUCCUUGGAAUCAAGAAGUUCACCAAGAAAACAAGUAUCGUCGCGGUUCUUCAAUCCGUCUUCAGCUCAGCCCAUCACGGAUGGAAUUGGCAGACAAUACUCAUUAGUAUAUCGUUCUUGAUCUUCCUCCUCGUCUGUAAGUUCAUUGGCAAGAAGAACAAGAAACUGUUUUGGAUUCCGGCCGUCGCGCCGUUGCUAUCAGUUAUUAUUUCCACAUUCUUUGUUUACAUAACCCGAGCCGACAGGAAAGGUGUUAAAAUAGUGAACCAUCUCGAUAAAGGCAUAAACCCUUCUUCGUUGCGUCUAAUAUAUUUCUCCGGCGAUUACCUAGCUAAAGGCAUCCGCAUUGGCGUUGUCUCAGGCAUGGUCGCCUUAACAGAAGCUGUAGCGAUCGGAAGAUCAUUUGCAGCAAAGAAAGACUACCAAAUCGACGGAAAUAAAGAGAUGGUAGCAUUAGGAGCCAUGAACGUGAUCGGUUCGAUGACUUCUUGCUACGUAGCCACCGGUUCGUUCUCAAGAUCAGCUGUGAACUUCGUGGCCGGAUGUCAAACAGCAGUUUCCAACAUCAUAAUGUCAAUGGUCGUCCUCUUAACGCUUCUCUUCCUCACUCCUCUUUUCAAAUACACACCCAACGCGAUUCUUGCUGCGAUCAUCAUUAACGCCGUGAUUCCUUUGAUAGACGUAAACGCCGCCGUUUUGAUUUUCAAGAUUGACAAGCUAGAUUUCGUUGCUUGCAUGGGAGCUUUCUUUGGUGUCAUCUUUGCAUCUGUUGAGAUUGGUCUUCUCAUUUCCGUGGGCAUAUCUUUUGCUAAGAUACUCUUGCAAGUUACAAGACCUAGGACAGCGAUUCUAGGAAAGAUUCCGAGGACUUCGGUUUACCGGAAUAUCCAUCAGUAUCCUGAAGCGACUAUGGUUCCCGGAGUGAUGAUAAUUCGUGUUGACUCGGCUAUUUACUUCUCUAAUUCUAAUUACGUUAGAGAAAGGAUUCAAAGGUGGUUGAUAGAUGAAGAAGAGAAAGUGAAAGCUGUUAGCUUACCAAAUAUCCAGUUUCUGAUCAUCGAAAUGUCACCUGUCACAGACAUCGAUACUAGUGGUAUUCACGCCUUAGAAGACUUAUACAAAUCUCUCCAGAAGAGAGACAUUCAGUUGGUUCUUGCGAAUCCAGGACCUGUGGUAAUAGAUAAGCUACACGUCUCUAACUUCGCAGACAUGUUGGGAUACGACAAAAUAUUUCUGACGGUGGCUGAAGCCGUUAAUUCUUGCUGUCCCAAACAUUCUGACGAGGUCUGAAACGGUGAAGAAUCUUGAUGAUGAAGCAAAAAGUUUAAGUGUUGUAUGUUUUAUAGACUGAGUUGAGUAGUCACUAGUCAGUGACUUUGCCUUCGAUAUUAUCUGUUAGCUGUUAUCCCCUUAUGGCUAUGUGUGACAUAGAUGUCAAGCGUGUAGGCUACCUAUGUGGCCUUUAUAUUUAGAGCUUUCAUUUGUUUUGCUUAAAGAAUUUGCAAAAUAUAGUCAUAUUCUACUAUCACUUUGUGUUACUUUUAACGUACUGGAAUCAAAUAUUCAAUGGUGUCGGUGGAAAAAUACUCUGCAAUUCCUAUAUCACCCGUGAGUACUAAAUGAAUUUAUAAUAUCUUUCACAUGGUUGAGUUGGUGAGAGAGGUUUGCGUUGAUGGUUGCUCAGAUCACAGAUCAUUUUUGUACAUUUUUUUGUAACUUCUAUAUCGUUAAAUCGUUAUUUGAUUAACUUGCUAAUGUUUGUUUUUCUUUUCAAACAUUAACUAGCACACAAAUUUAUUAAAAACUGUUGAUCUAGUCUAGUAAAAUCGGUACCCAAACAUUAACACCGGAUUAUUGGUGGAAAAGCUUUGACAAAACAUUUUGUAUUAAAAGAUUCGAACAUUGACAAAACAAUAAUGAUAUAUAUAUUUUAAACUCGUCCCUACAAAAUUAUGAGUGAGCCAGAAGUUGAAUCCCACUUGUGGAUGAACGAUGGUCCACAAACCAAACUCCUCAUUUGGAUUUGGUAUACGGUAUUAGGACAUGUAUUUUUUUUAAUAAUGGUUUAGGGGCAUCUAGGCGUUAGUUAGACGACCCGAUGAACACAUGCUAUGUUUUGCCACUCCAGAUUUAAAACAAAAAUACAUCACCACCGUGCAAUAACAAUAUAGAACCGUCUGUAGAAAGAUGCUCAAAUCUCUUCUCGAACAUAUUAAAAUAGUAAACUGGUACGAAACGUAGGAUGUUCAGACCGACCAUUUUUGUACAAUGUGCCACUCUGUUUGUACUUUAAAGAGGUCCCCCCUAAUGCACCAAUUAACAUGAAGCUUAUUAGUUCUCGGUUUUUGUGCGUACUCUUUUAUAAUAAAACGAAAACAAGAGGCUAUAAAUUGAUCUUCGCAUCCAAUUCAAAUAUAAACUUUCUUUGAUCAUAAUAAUUUUUGAAACCAAGUGGUUGGUAGCUUAGUGGUAAUUAUUUAGGGUUUAGAAUGUGCCCAUGUUGAUCAUGAGUUUGAUUCUCAUUGGUAGCUAAUCACCAGUUGACUAGUUUAAGUUUGCAUUUCGACCCAAAUAGUUUAUAUGGUGAAUCGUAAUAAACAAUCGGUUUUAUAUUCUGGCAAUAGUCGAAAAAUAUUCAAAUUUGGGUCAGACAAUGUGUUUUUAGGUUAUUCCAGUCUAGAAUCACUAAUUGUGUUCCCGGAGCUGACCAGAUCUCCGAUGGGUAUCAAAAGAAUUUUUUUUUUUUUGAAAAUUGAAAUAUAAACAGGUGAAUUGAUUUGGGAAGUGGUGAAACGUUGGAGGUCUGUUCACUAUUGCAAAGAGAUAUCGGUCACGAGAAGUGGACCCAUUUAGCCCAGACAUUAGGAGCUAGAAAACAAUAUUUUCUACACUCUUUUUUCCGAAAUUAUAAUAGAAAUUCGACAAAAUAAUUGAGAAAAAGAAAGAAAGACAAAAUAAUUCGCGAAACACG